CACAAAUCUUCGUAACCCAAGACAUUGCCCAAGUGGUGUUUACGUUAUGCCCACAGCCGAAAAUUUUCAUACUUGGUACGGCGUGUUAUUUGUCCAUAAGGGAUAUUACAAGAACGGUGUUUUCAAGUUUAAAUUAACAAUCCCUAAUGAAUAUCCUUUUCUUGGAGGUUUUUGCUCGAAUACAUAUCCAGAACGUCCUCCAGCAGUUCAGUUCAUCUGUAACUUGAUAAAUAAUGACGGCUUGUUUCACCCACUCGUGAAUCCAGAGAAUGGAAAUUUUUCUUUGACCCAACAAUUUAAAGAUUGGGCACCGCAUAAGUAUUAUAUUUUUCACGUGCUUCACUACAUCAAGAAAUCAUUUAAGAAGGGAGUAUUGGAUCACUUGUCAAGGAAACAUUGUCUAAACGAGAAAGCUUUUACUCUAUAUAAAGAGAACCCAAGACAAUUUGAAAAUAUAGCUAGACAGUGUGCCGAGUUGUCGAUUUCUCCAACAGUCUUGUAUGAUAGUGAAGAUGAUUCUAAUCCAAUUCAAUUCACAGACUUGUCAAAUGAGAAACUUAAUGAAUUGAAAAAAUACGUGGCUCCACAGAAUGUCGAGAGAGAUAGGCAUAAUUAUAGUUCUCGAAGGACAUAUUCGACUUCCUCGAUUCCCUCAUUUGUAGAAGACAGAUCACCCACUGUUUGA